UUCGUCUAUACUUUGCGUGUUUACAAGAACGUUCAAGAAAAACUCGAGUGUCUGCUCCUCAGAAUGUGCGUAUAGAAGUCUCUCUCCUUGAGAUUACUCAUCGACAUCGCCAUGGACAAGCCUCAGAUCCUCGUCUACGUCGAGAAGAGCCUUAAUUAUAACGCUUUUGAUGUCAAAUGGAUUCCCCGCUCGGCCAAGUUUGUGACCAUCGGCAGCCAUGCGAGGGGCACUGGGGCACUGCAGGUGCACGAGAUGUGUGAAGGAAGCCUGAAACUAGUGCACAAUGCAGAACGGCCAAAGGCUCUCAAGUGUGGAACCUUUGGAGCAUCUGCACUGGAGGAUCGGCACCUGGCUGUGGGUGACUUUGAGGGGAAGAUGGAGAUUGUUGAUCUGGCAGCAGCAGAAACUCCAGUUUAUUCUGUGAAAGCUCAUGAAGAAAUUAUAAAUGCAAUUGAUGGAGUGGCAGGUCUUAAUAUUGGCAAAGGUGCCCCAGAGAUUGCAACUGGGAGUCGUGAUGGACUGGUAAAAGUUUGGGAUCCUCGGCAGAGGGACCGUCCUGUCGUGACCAUUGAGCCAAAAGAAGGAGAGCAGAAGCGAGACUGCUGGAGUGUUGCGUUUGGAAAUUCACAUUCAAUGGAGGAAAGGGCACUCUGUGCUGGCUUUGAUAAUGGGGAUGUGAAAAUGUUUGAUCUUAGAACAAUGGAAGUGAAGUGGGAAACCAAUCUGAAGAAUGGGGUUUGCUCACUGGAAUUUGAUCGGAAAGAUAUUGACAUGAACAAGCUUUUAGCUACAACACUGGAGUCUAGGUUUCACAUUUAUGACCUUCGGACAUUCCAUGAAGAAAAGGGCUUUGCUGGCAUGAUGGAUAAAGGUCACAAAUCAACUGUUUGGUGUGGAAGACACUUGCCUCAAGAUCGUGAGAUAUUUGUCACCACUGGCGGCAAUGGCUCCCUGAUGCUGUGGAAGUACUCCUAUCCUUCAGCUCGGUCAAAGAAAUUGAGCAACGGAUCGGAAGUUGGAGUAGCAGGUGAAGCAAAGCCGCUGCAGAACGCUACUAUAACCGAUCAGCCAAUAACCAGCUUUGAUUGGAGCCCAGAUAAGAUGGGCCUGAGUGUGUGCACGGGGCUGGACCAGACAGUGAGGGUGGUCAUUAUGACGAAACUCAAUAUUGUAUGAAAUUUAAGGAGGUUAAAGAAAAACUUCUUGUAACUUGUUCUAUCAUUUAAGAAAAUAUUGUUAUAUAGUAUAUGAAAUUAAAAUACUGAAUGCAUUUGACAGUGAUCCAGUGUAUGAUACUGAAAAUUUUUAGGCUUCAAGAAUUAUACUUGCAGAUAUAUAACUGGUAUGUCUGCUUGUUUAUUCAUAUCACAUAAAUAUAAGAAAUAUUUCCUUUGAAUAAGAUUAUUCCCAUUUGAAUGGAAUAUGCCUCAUUAAAUAAAGUUUAUAAUUUAUAUUUAUUUUAAGACUAGAUACCACUUACACUAUGGUAUUGAAGAUUGGUAUUUAGUUGGGAAUUUAAUAAAGUUAAAAAAGCAAAAAAAUAUUUUGAUUAUGGACAAUUAUGUUAAUUGAAUAAAAUUUGGUGCUCAGUGA